AUGCACAAAUGUGUUGAUAUAGAUAGCUUGAAAGAUGAACUCAGAACUAACAACAGUUUAGUGAGUAUUUUCAAUUCAAAAGAUGAUAGAAGCUGCAGUAGUGAAGCAUAUCAAAAUCAUUAUGAAAAAUCGAAUAUAAGAAAUGGUAUGCAACAUAAUGAAAAUAAGUAUUUGAAUGAAUUCAAUAUCCAAAAAAGGUAUAGAGAUAGAGAUGACAGAUAUAUGCAUUAUUCUAGUAGAAUGCAUAAGGAAAAAACGAACCAUUUUGAUUGGAACCAAAAUAAAAUUGAUGUACAUCCAAAUAGUAAUUACGACUAUAAUCACAAUAAAGCAAUACCAGAAUAUUCAUAUCAAAAUAAAUUUAUGAAUUAUGAAAAAAGCUCAAGUGAUAACAUGAGUAGGCAUUUUGAUGAAAUAAAUGAUACUAGAUUAGCUAAAAAACAUAUCAAACAUGAAUAUAAAUAUAAUGAAGACAUCGACGAUGAUAUUAAUGAAAAUAAUGAUUUAUUUAUUAAUAUGGUAAAUAAUCAUUAUAAAAAUUUAAUAGCAGACACAAAUAAAGGAAUUAAAAACAUAACAAAUAAUUAUGAUACUAUACUCCAAAAAAUUAAUAAUGAUGAUAUUAGUAGUUCCACUUCAUCUAUCAAAAAUAAUAAUUUAAAAAACAACAGUAAAAACCCAAAUAAUGCAUAUUACAAUAAUCAUAUAAAUAGUAAUAAUUCAAUUCUCCAUAUUCGAAAUUAUUACACCAAUAAUCAAACUGGCAAUUAUAAGGGGAAUCAUUUUGACAUCGAUGAAUGCUAUGAUAUUGACGAUUGUUAUGAGAAUGAUAACCCAUAUAAUAACAAUAAUAAUAACAAAAGCAUACCAAAAAAAGAUUAUCCAGUGUAUAAGGGUAUUGUGGCAAAUAAAAAUAACGACUAUGUUAAGGAAAGCAAAACUAAAAUAAUAUUAAAAGAAAACGAUGAACUAUGUUUAGUUGAUGAUGAAAAGAAAGACAAUCAAAAAAUUAGCAAUACCAAUAAUAAUAGAAAAAAUGCAGCCAACUCUAAUCGAAACAAAAUAUAUAACGUUUUUAAUAAUAUGAAUAUUAAUAAAAGUAAUAAUAUGAAUCGAGGUAUUUUAACCUUUCUAGAAAAUAAAAGAAAAAACAGAUAUUCAUAUGACAGCAAAGGUAUAAAAAAUGAUAAAACCGAGGAUGAUAAUAAUGAGGACGCAAUCGGCAACAUUAGUAAUAUUGGUGGUGCCUGCGAUCCCUCUAACUAUAUCAAUAACACCUGCGUGAAUGAUAAUAAAAAAUAUUAUCAAGAUAGUAAAAAUUGCAAUCUUAAUAUGAAACAUUUAUUUGACGAGGGUUCGUAUUAUAGAGAUAUUAUGGAAAAGCAGUCAAUGCAUAACAAUGAAAAUAAAAAGGGAAACGAUGUAUCAGAAUAUCGUUUUAAUGAAAUUUAUUAUAAAGAUAAAAGAGGCGAAAAAGGUUUAAAAGAUAACCUCAAAAAUAAAUCAAAUAAUAUUUCUUGUGAAAAUUUAAAAUUUUUAGAUAAAGAGGAUUAUAAAAAUAAUAUCUAUAUAAAUUUAUUGAAUCAAGAAAUCAAAGAUCAUCAAACACAAUUAAAUAUAUCUAAAAAUGAAAACAAUAUAAAAAUGAAAGAAAAUAACCCAUUUGUCAUGUCUAAUUAUGUAAAAAAAAAUAUUAUCAAAAUGACCCACGAUUUUGAUCACCCUAAUUUACCAGAUAAUUAUGCGAAUCCAAUGCGCACUAACAAUUUUGAUAAUCAUCAUAACAUCACUAAUUACGGAAAUAAUAAUCACAACAAUAUGGAAAACUAUGUAGAUAACUAUGCAGAUGAUAAGAAUUAUAAAUUCGACGGGAAAAAUGUAAAUUUUUCAAAUGCUAAUGGAAAAUCAGGCGUAUCAAUGAGAUUUUCAAAUAUACUUAAGAAUGCACCGGAAAUACAAAACAUACAAAAUAGUAAUUAUAAUGCAUAUUCAAUAAAUAAAUUAAAACUAGAAUCACUUGAUCAAUAUCAAAAUAUGUAUAUUAAUAAUAAAAAUACGAUGAAAAAUGAUACUUCCUAUAAGAAAGGAGUAAUAAAUGAAGAUAAUUGUCGCUCAAACGCUAUUCUUAAAGGAGUACCUUCUUCGGCAUUUGAACACAAUGAAAAGAAAAAGGGGAAAGGAAAUGAAAUAGGAAACAGAAACGAUAAUAUAGAAAAACGUGAAGAUUUUAAAAAUCGGGAAAAAAUACAACUAGGUGAAGAAUUACCAAAUGAUAUUAAUUCUUCGUACUAUGCUACAUCAUCUAAUGCUUCGACCAAUUAUUUUUUGGGUUCAAAAAAUAAAUUAAAUGAUCUUCAUAAUUGCAAAAAUAUGAAGGAUACAAACUGUGAUAAUAAACAUAUUUUAAGAAAUAAAAACAGUAACAUCAAAAAACUUUUUUCACGUAAUAAUUCUAUUAACGAUAAUUAUUCACAAAAUAAGAAAAUAAAAAAUACCAAUUUAAAGUCAUGCAUUGAUGAAUACAUAGCAUCUAAGGAUCCUCAUAACCUUAGAAAUAUUUGCAAUAAUAAAGAUAAUGAAAGUAAUAACUUAAAUUUGAAUGAAAAUUAUGUUAAAUCAACGAAAAAAAAAUACAACCUUAAUAGCGAUUCUUGUUAUAAUAACAAUAGUAAUAACGAAGCAUACCCUGGAAAAAGUAAAAAUACCAACUAUUUUAAUGAUAAUGAUAAGCAUACUCCUAAAUAUUCGAAGAUCCCCACUGAUAGAAAACCACAAAAUAUGCAUAGUAGCAAUAGCAAUCAUAGUGAUGAAAAAAAAAAAAAGAAAGAAAAAUGUCAAAAAAAUAAAAAUAAAAUUAUAAAACAAUAUCAAGGAAAUGAUAAUGCUAAAAUUGCAGAUAUAAAUCAAAAUACCGAAAACUUAAUCAGCAUUGAUAAAGGAAAUUAUCAUACCCAUAUAAAUCGAAAAAAAAAUAGAGAAAACCAAAAUACGAAACAAUCUAACGAAAAAGCACACACUGAAAAUAAAAGAGAAUUAAAUAUAGGCGAAUGCCAUGAAGACCAUAUUAAAAAUAAAAGCUCAAAAUUUAUAAACAUUUUCAAUGCAAGCCGUAAUAUGAGAAAUGCAGACAAAGACCAUAAUUAUAAUUAUUCUAUGGAUGAUAUUAAAUAUAUCAAAUUAAAUAUUGCAAAGGAACAAAAACAUAUAUAUUCAAAUGCAUGUUCUGAAAGUAAUGAAGAAGAAAAUCACAAUUGCACAAAGCAAAACGAAAUAAAUAAAAUUCAUAAUAAAUCCAUAAAAAAACGGCAUUCUGAUAUAUACGAACAUUGGAACUUAAUUAAUAACUUAAAAUAUAAUGAUGAACAAAACUCUGAUGAUUAUUCUUCCUCUUUUAAUGAUAACGAAAAAUCGAAACAAAAAAAAACCUAUGAUGCAAUAAAUCCGAAAAAUACGCAACUAAAUAAAGACCAAUUAAAUAACAAUAUAAAAAAUAAUGUAUCCCGAACAUACCCUAUUUGCGAUGCAUUUCUUGGCAGUUCCAAUGUACGUAAAAAUGGAAUGACCAAACAAAAAGUUGUUAAUAAAAACAAAGAAAAAAAAAAAUCGAAAAUAAAAAAUGAUACAAAUUGUAAAAGCAUCAACAGUGCAUAUGAUAAUAAUAAUGAAGAUGACAACAUAUCUAUUCAAAAUGAAGCAUAUAUUCUGACUAAUUUAAAAAAUGGAAAAACUAAAAAAAAUAAGGAGCAUGCUCAACAAAUUAAAUUAGAGCAAUUUGCUAAGAAAAAAAAUGGAGAAAUAAAAACGGAUUAUACACAAAAUAUUGUACAUGGGGAGGAAAAUAAAAAUAAUGCUCAUGGUAAUGUUGCUGUUUCAGUUUAUAACGAAAAACAAGGAAACAAUAAAAUUUCUGAUGAUCAUAUUGAAGAUUAUAAAAAACAUAAAAAAAGAAACGACCCCAACAAUACACAAACUCAACAUUUUGAAAAUAACCCUUUUUAUUUAUAUUAUAAUAAAAGAAGUGAAACUACAAGUACGGAAAUAAAAAUUCAAAAAACAUGUCCUAAUAAAAAUAGCAAAACACAAAUCGAAAAAAAAAAAAAAAAUUUAUUGAACAAGUUAUGGAAUACUGUGCAAAGCGAAAAUAAAGAUAAUGAUGAAAAUGAUGCAAUCCCGUCUAAUAACUCAAAUAUAAAUGGAGGGAAAUAUUCAUUCUAUAAUUUCUUUUGUAAAAAAAAUAAAUUAAGAAAGGAUAAAAAGUAUAAUGAUGAUCAAAUUGAUGUAAAGCCAAAGAACCAAAAACACGAAAUUUGUGAAAAUAACAAUGAUCCAUCGAAUGAUUAUAUAAAUAAACAAAAUAAUAAUUAUAUGAACGAUCUUAAUAAAAUUGGAUAUUUAGCUCAAGAAUUUAUGGAAACAUAUUCAUGUAAUGAUAAUUUAAAAUCGAUUUUUCAAUUAUUACGUUCUGAAAUUGAGAAAACACAAAAAGAAAUCGAACAUUUUUCUAAAGAUCAAAAGCCUAUAACUUUUAAUAAUCCUUUGAGUAAUAACUUAAGCCAUACAUACAACAAAAUUAGUGAUAUUAGUAAAGAAUCAUUGAACGAAUAUAUAUCUGAUCAAACUAAUUCUAAAAGCAUUCAUAAUAUACCAAAAUAUAUGUCUAAUGAUUUAGUACAUAUAAAGGAAAAACAAAAUCCGCAAAAUGGAAAUAAUGAUAAGCAUGAACAUUACUAUCAAAUAAUCAAAUCGACACAUCAUGAUUUAUACAAAAACAAAGGUUCCAUAAGCAGUAGUAGUAGGAGAAGCAGUAUAAGUCGACGAAGAAAUGGAAAUUCUAGUGCCCAUAAAGAUAAUAUUGACUGUAAUGAUACUUUUAAUAUGAGCAGCUGUAUGUUAAAGCGAGUAAAAUCGGGAAAACCAUAUAAAUUGCGUAUUAAAAAAAAAAGAGGAAGUAACGAUGCUAAAGAAAAUAUAAUACCCAAAAUGAACACAUUUAUAUUGAAACAUAAUAAUAAUAUUUAUAAAUUUAAAUUAAAUAAUAAUUUUUUAAUAUAUGAUAGUAUAUUAUUAAAAAAUAAAAAAAACGAAUAUUUUUUUAACUUUAAUGCUUUAUAUAAAACCUUAUUCUUUAAAGAAUCUUGUAACGAGGAAAAAGUUGAAUAUAAAAAAAGUUCGGUAUAUAAAAAUAAUAUGAUAGAGUAUAAUAAUCAAGAUAUAUUAAAAAAUAAUCAACAGAUUAACCACCCAAAUAAUACUCUUGAUAAAGGGAUAUGCAUGGAAACACAUAAUGAUACACCAACUAAUUUAAAUGAUUUAUUUAUUUCAGAUGAUGAGUAA